UUUUUGACACGUGUCCCACAAUCUGACAUUGGAAAGUUGGAACACGUUUUAGAUUAGUAAGAUUGAUAGAGAUUUAUCUUACGGAAGGAGAGAACAGAAGAGAAGAGAAGAAAUAAUCGGAGAAAAUGAAGGGAAGCAAGAGGGCGAUCCACACCAUGACGACAUGGGUUCGCCGACAACCACCCAAAAUGAAGGCCUUUCUGGCGGUGCUAUCGUGCCUCGCAGCCUUACUCUUCCUCAGAAUGGUCGUUCACGACCACGACACCCUCUUCGUCGUAGCCGAGCUUGUCCAUGCUUUAGGAAUUUCCGUCCUCAUUUACAAACUCACCAAGGAAAAAACAUGUGCCGGACUUUCGCUUAAAUCGCAGGAGAUGACAGCUUUGUUUCUAGCUGUUAGACUAUACUGCAGUUUUGUGAUGGAAUAUGAUAUACACACCAUACUGGAUAUGGCUACCUUGGUGACGACCCUCUGGGUCAUUUAUAUGAUACGCCUCAAACUCAAAGCUAGUUAUAUGGAUGAUAAGGACAACCUUGCAAUUUACUAUGUGGUGAUACCUUGCGCAGUGCUGUCCUUGUUUAUUCACCCAACAACCCGGCAUCAUACAAUUAAUAGGAUUCUCUGGGCAUUUUGUGUUUAUCUUGAAGCUGUGUCUGUUCUCCCUCAGCUGCGGGUCAUGCAGAACACAAAGAUUGUUGAACCAUUCACAGCACACUAUGUUUUUGCCCUUGGAGUUGCAAGGUUCUUGAGUUGUGCACAUUGGGUCCUUCAGGUGUUAGAUACUCGUGGACGUCUACUAACUGCUUUGGGUUACGGAUUGUGGCCUUCAAUGGUUCUUCUAUCAGAAAUUGUCCAAACUUUCAUCCUGGCAGAUUUUUGCUACUACUACGUCAAGAGUCUUGUUGGGGGACAGCUUGUUCUUCGACUUCCUUCAGGAGUGGUGUAACACUGUAACUUCAACAUGCAGCAUUCAGGAAAUCACCAUAGCUUGAGGAUCUUGAUAUGUUAUCUAUCUGCGGUCAUUAAGUGAACAAAGUUGAGAAUGUAAUAUAACAUAUGUAACUUUGUGGAAUUUUAAUUUAUCUUUGAUCAGUUCAGGUUAGUAUUGGUAGUUAACAGCAGGG